AUGAGCAUGCGGAUGAUAGAGGGAGAAAUCUGUUGGAACAGCCAAGUGUUUGCGAACAGGACUGAUGAGCACGACCCGGUGGAUGAAUUGGGUCCAAACGGGGAUGACAGCCAUGUGGGAGUUGUCCGUGGAGGGAAUGCCGCAGAGUAUGGAGCCGAAAAGGGCCUCUGUAAUGCCGGUGGUAAUGGAAAGAGCAACCUGUAUCAGUACCGAAAGGAGGCGACGAACAGCACCUACUGCAACAGCGUCGAAAAUGUGAAUGGCCCAAGCGGGGCAAGCAGGAGGAGCAGCCUGAACUUCCUUGGCGAAGAGGACGGCGACGGUACCCAUAUCGGGGUUGACCAUGUUAGCGGCAUUAAUGAUGACCGUGGUGAGCGCCUAGGCGAACGAAGUACGAGGAACACCAGCAACCAUCGAAGGAGAAGCAGCCUCAGCAACGCGACGCGUUAUCACCAGGGGGAACAGGCUUUGCUCAGAGACCCAGCGAAAGGACCCUAUUUGAAGAGGGAGAUGGGACUGGCUAGACCAUCUGGGCGUACGAGCCAAGCCAGAAAAACAGGGCAAUACGAACGAGAGGGAGAAGACAAUAGCUUGACCGAAAAUAACCGCAGAAAUAGUGCCCUCAGCAGUGCGCAGGAUUUAGGCAUAGCAAUGGAGAAUGAGCCAACAACACACAGGAGGAGAAGUUUUUACGAUGCGGAGCACGCCAAUAGAAUCAACUCGAACAUGUGGGGCCACCGACAUACGAGGGCCCAUGCAAGUGGAAGCGGCAAAGGGAGAUUUGAAAAAAAUGGUGAUCUUCUACGCAAGGAGGAUUUAAACUACUACGGAAGUGAGUCGAAGCGAGCCAUGAGUAAUGUUAACAGCAUUAUGGGUGCAUACCACGCUGGGGGGAAUCUACCUAGGGGGAAAUUAACUGCGCAUAGCAAUAUUUUCACCAAAGAGGGCCUUAACAGCAAUGGCCGCCAUGGGAGCAACGCCCCAAACGGUGUCCUCGAAAAUAUUGACAAGGCCGAACAAGAAAUCGUGAACAACCAUUUGAAGAAUUCGCUAAUACAGAACGAAUACGUCGCGCGGAGGAUGAGCUCUAUCCUGCUAAACCCAACCAUGCCACAGAAGGAAAUCUUUAACAACAGAGUUGUUCCCAUGUAUGACCAGCAUGUUCAGCAAAGUGUAACAAAAUUUGUUCCGAGGAAUCCAUCGAAUGGUAAUAACUACACAGGGGACCUUUCUUUGCAGAAGUACAGCACACUUGGUCAGAGAAAGAAUUACACCGCCGAUACGAACAACAACAGUAGCUUCAUCGUAAGUAGCAGCGUCAACAAGAAUAACACGUCUGAGGAGGACUCCAUCAUUCAUGUGAUUGGAGGCGGAGGGGCGGACCAUGAGAAUAAGCAGUUCGUUGUGAGACCUAGAAAUAGCUUCCUCAUGAGGGAGAGAAACAUGCACUUCAACUCUGUGGAGCGAAAUAACAGCUCUAACACGCCGCUAAUCAAUAUGGACAGUGUGAGUAACUUCUCGCGAAACGUGCCGAAAUCGAUUGAAUCGAACUUAAACAUGUACACAAAUAAGCACUCACGGGCGUUGGACAUAAACGACCUGAACAGCAAUACCAGUCGAAACUACGUGAACAGUUCGAACAGCUUCAAAAGCGAUUUCACAGCAAUGCGUGAAAACUACGCCAAGAUGCUGGAUCGCUCUAAGUCGCUCACGUCGCAGAUUUAUCGGGCGCCCGUUGCACAGAGGUACAUGUAG